AAGAAAGUAAUAAACUUUUCUUCAGAUAUUUCUCCUUCUUUUCAGUUUCUAACAUGAUUGGAUUGUUUAUUCUCAAGCACUUUUUGAGAAGAUUUUUCCAGUAUUGUGGUUCUACUGGUUCUAUGGCAAGUUUUGAAAAAAUUGUGACUCAUCCUGCUGCUGCAAUAGUUGCCAAAGAGGACCCACAGAUAGGACAAUUUCUUAGAACUUGUCGCAAGCAAUUUUGGGGUGAAGCUGCUCUUAUAGCUAUUUAUGUCAUUAAUCGGAUUCCAUCAUCAGCCAUCAAUAAUAAGUCUCCAUACGAAUGUUUACAUGGUACUCCUCCUGCUUAUGAUCUUCUUAAGGUGUUAUCUUCUGAUCAACCUCCACUUUUUACUAACCUUUUUAUUGAGCUAUUUCCUAGUGACUCUGAUGCAAAUACAUUUGAUGAGCUCCGUGAUGCCUCUCCACGUGCUCCACCUAGUUCUAUAGAAGAUGCUCUGCCUGUUGGUAGUGCAUUAGACAAUGGUGAGUCUUCUUCCCUUCCCUCUUCUGUAUCACUUAUUGAAUUUGACCUUGUUGAGCUCGAAAAUGAGAUCCUUAAUCCACCUUCAAGUCGUCCUACUCGGGUAAGAAAUUCUCUUAAUUAUCUUCGUGACUAUCAUUGUUUUCCUGCUAUUACCUCCUUACAUGAGCCUCAAUCCUAUCAAGAGGCCUCUUCUAACCUUUUUUGGCAUCAAGUUAUGCAAGAUGAAUUACAAGCUCUUGAGAAACUUUGUACAUGGGAUUUAGUUGAUCUUUUUGCUAGAAAGCCUCUGGUAGGUUGUAAAUGGGUGUACAAGAUCAAAUCUCGAUCUGAUGGUUUUAUGGAGCGUUACAAGGCUCGCUCGGUUGCUGAAGGAUUUACUCAGGAAUAUGGGAUUGAUUAUGAGGAAACCUUUGCACCUGCUGCUCGUCCUACUUUAGUUUGUAGUUUGAUUGCUAUUGCUACUAUAAAAGGAUGGAAAUUGUUUCAGAUUGAUGUGAAAAAUGCCUUCCUAAAUGGUGAUCUUGCAGAGGAAGUUUACAUGCAACCACCUCCUAGACUUGAACAUCCUCCAAACAAAGUUUAUUGAUUGAAGCGAGCUCUGUAUGGUUUGAAACAAGCACUUCAAGCUUGGUUUGCCAAGAUUAGCACCACCAUUAGUGAGUUUGGUUUUACUUUUAGUCCUCAUGAUACUGCAUUGUUCAUACGCAAGACUAAUUAUGGUAUGGUUCUACUACUUCUUUAUGUUAAUGAUAUGAUCAUUAUUGGGGAUGAUAUUUCAAGUAUUCAUGAUCUUAAGCAAUUUCUCAGUCAUAAGUUUGAGAUGAAAGAUCUUGGUGUUUUGAGUUAUUUCUUAGGACUUGAGGUCACUUCUUUUGAUGAUGGUUAUCUUCUCUCCCAAACAAAAUAUGUUUUUGAUC